AUGGAUCCACCAACUCCCUUGCCUCUAGGGGGAGGUGUGCGCUGGCGGCUGCUGCAGCGUCUUGACCCUGCUGGUGCUCGCGAGCUGCAGCAAGACGAGAAAGAGCAGCAAAAGCAGCAGCAGAAGCAGCAGCAACAGCCUAGCCAACAUAGCGAUCCCUUUAGGCUGCUACCCGUCCCCACCACGACCACCACCACCACCAUUACCAGCAGCUACGGGGGUAGCAGCAGCAGCCGCAGCUAUGGGAGCAGCAGCAGCAGCUAUGGCGGCAGUAGCAGCAGCAGCAGCUAUGGCGGCAGUAGCAGUAGCAGCAGCUAUGGCGGCAGUAGCAGCAGCCGCAGCUAUGGCGGCAGUAGCAGCAGCAGCAGCUAUGGAGGCAGUAGCAGCAGCAGCAGCUAUGGCGUCAGCAGCAGCAGCAGCAGCUAUGGCGGCAGCACCAGCAGCAAAUUCAGUCCUAGCAGCUCAAGCUCCAGCAGCAGCAGCGUGUAUGGGAGCAGCACAUCAUCAUCACCAUGGUCAGCUGCAGGAGCAGCAGCACCAGCAGCAGCACCAGCAGCACCAGCAGCACCAGCAGCAACUGAAAGGGAUGCUACCAUACCUAUGGGUCCAUGGCGCUUCCAGAAGGAGACAGCAGCAGCAGUGCUGCAGCAAAUGUCUCUGCUGCAGCAAACAGGACUAGCAGGUCUCCUUAAUGAGGGUGUCUCCUCUAUAGAGACACUUUUGUCUUGUACGCAUGCAACUUGUUCCUUAUCUAAUUACUGUUCCUCUGCAGCAGCAGCAGCAGCAGCAGAUAAGGCACUUCAGACCCUUACACCUCCUCCUUAUUGGGGGGCCCCCAGUGGGGGGGCCCCCAUUGAGGGACAAGACCCUGCAGACCCUGUGCUGCUGCUGUUUAGGGGGUUUUGCUGCUGUGUCUCCGAGGGUUUAGAGGGGACACUUGAAUUAGGUGUCUCCUCUGCCCUUUUAUAUGAUAUACUUACGGAGGGGGGGAGGGCCCCUCCUUGUGCUGCUGACCCUCAAGGAGGAGGAGCAGCAGCAACAACAACAGGAGAAGCAGCAGCAGCAGCAGCAGCAAUGGAGACCAUUGGGGAAGUGCUGCCUGCUCUAGGCCCUAUAGAAGCAACUCGUCUUAUUUGUUGCGUAAGGAGACUUGCUGCAGCAGACAUGCAGCUGUUUACUGCUUGGCGUCUGCAGCAGCAGCAGCAAAUGCAGCAGCAGCAGCAGUUGCAGGGGGUGGAUCAUCUGCAGCAGCUGCAGCAACAGCAGCAGGAUGAGGAAGAGGACACAGCAACUGCAGGGAUAGAUGUCUCCUCUCUGCUUCCUGGUGAUGCUUCCUUGUCUGCUGCUGCUGCUGCAGCACGGAUUGCUGCUGCUGGUAUCCUUAAGAAGGAGACACCCCUAGAGGGCCUACUAAGGGACAUACCAGUAGAUGAGGAGACACCUCGUGCUGCAGCAAGGACAGUAUUAGCAGAACUGCAGCAAAACCUCACGUUGCUGCUGCAGCGAGGCAGCGUCAAGAAACCUGCACCGCCCAAGCCUCCCCCUGUACGUUGCCGUGUGCUGCCUCCUGCAAAGGACGGAAGACCUGCAACUGCUGCUGCUGCUGCUGCUGCAGAAUCUGCUGCUGCUUCUCCCCCUCCUGGGCUUACUUUGCCUCAGUGGGGGACGCAGCAGGAGCAGCAGCAGCAGCAGCAGCAAGAGGAGGAGCCCCUGCCAUGGCUACACCGUCUCUGUUGGGACAUUGCUGGUGGUCCUGCUGCCCAAGCAAAGGUGCAGCAGCAGCAGCAGCACCAGCCGCAACAGCAGCAGCAGCAGCAGCAGGAGCAGCCGGAAGUCCCUGAAGAGCUGGUGCCUGUUUGCAGGGACACCGCAGAGCUCAUGGCUGCUGUGUUAAGCACUCUUGCUGCUGCUCACGAGAACACAGAAGCAGCAGCUGCUGCAACAGAUUCAGCAACAGCAACGCCAGCAGCAGCAGCAGUCUCUGACAGUCUGCUGCAGCUGCUGGGCCCCUCGAGUGUUGCUGCUGUUCAUAAGAUUGCAGCAAGAGGGGCAGAAUUAGUUGAUGCAGCAGCAAGGCUCCAGGUCUCUAUAGAAAAUCAGCAGCAGCAGCAGCAGCAACAGCAGCAGCAGCAAAAGAGGAGAGGGCCCACCUUAAUUGGAGCUUCGGUUAAGUUUGCAUCUAGCAAAGGCCGUAAAGGCAACGGGGCCACAGGACAAUCAGGGGCCCCCCGUGGUUUAUUGGGGGCCCUUGUAGUUGCAGGGUUUCUUAGACCUCCUAAACCCCCUCAAUCCCCAAUAGAUGCUAUAGAUGCAGCCUGUCUCCUGUCUCCUCGUCGGGGUAUACGCAACUGUCUCCCCGAGGGUGCGCGUAUUAAAGAUACACCAGAGACCUUCGAGGUCUUUAUACCACCUCCUAAACCUGCUCCUGUGGAGACGAGUUCGUUGGUGCCGAUAUCCUCCUUACCUGCAUAUGCUCAAGUAGCAUUUGCUGGUGUAGAGACACUGAAUGCAAGACAAAGUGUUGUAUAUCCUGUUGCCUUUUUAUCUUCUUCUUCUUUUCUUGUUUGUGCCCCUACUGGUUGUGGUAAAACAAACAUAGCAUUAAUGGCAUUACUGCAGCAACUUAAUGAGCAUAGGCACCUAAAGGGUCAUAAAGGGCACCGAGACCGCCGCAGCAACACCAGCAGCAGCAGCAGCAGCAGCAGCAGCAGCAGUACCACCGCCGCGGCCGACACCACCAACGACAACAACAACAACAACAGCAGCAGCAGUGUGGUGGAUUGGUCUCCACCAUCAGGGACACACUUUAAGGCAGUAUAUAUAGCACCAUUAAAAUCCUUAGCAACAGAAAUAACAAUAAAAUUGUCUAAGGCAUUAAGUCCCUUAGGGGUAAUAGUAGAAGAAGUAACAGGAGAUAUAACAUUAGAUAGGAAGGCAAUAGAAAGGGGACAUAUUUUUGUUGCUGUACCUGAGAAAUUAGAUGUAUUAACACGUAAUGUAUUAGCUGUCUCCUCUACAGAUGGAGGAGGAGGAGGAGGAGACACUUUUGCCAGCAGCAGCAGCAGCAGCGGUAGUCUACUUGAUGUUAUUAAAUGUCUUAUUAUUGAUGAGGUACAUCUUCUUAAUGAGUCAAGGGGCCCCGUCAUUGAGGCCCUUGUUGCUCGUCUCCUUAGACACUCAGAAAGGAGACAGACACCUACAAGAUUUGUUGCUCUAUCUGCUACAUUACCCAACUGGUAA